ACUGCAAUGUGCUGAGUCAAAUUACCUUGUCAUGGGUUUAAACUAAAUUAUUUCAGGAGAAACAGAUAGUAAUAAGUUAAGAUGGUGUUUUGAUAACAAAGAUAAGAGAGAUGUUUGCAAGAAAAAGGCAAAAAAAAAAAAAAAAAAAAAAAAAAAGGAAAAAUCUGCACACAUUCAAAAUGUUUGUAAAGUUAACAUUAAAUCCCAUAAUCAAAUUAGAAUUUUAUACAAAAUUCAAUCAAUGCUCUCAGUUGAAUUGUAGGCCUCAAACUGAAAAGAAAAGUGUCCACACCCGUUAGCUGUUAGUACAAAUACGGUUUUUUGUUUUGUUUUGUUUUGUUUUUUUUUAUAAUUUAUAAAUUAUUUUAUUUGAUUUGUACAAAGUCAAAAUGAUUAGUGUGCCAAGUUCCAACCAAUCCAAAAUAUUUUUGGAAGUAUAUUUGUGCUGUCUGUAUGAGUGGGGAAGAAAGAAUGUUUGUGCAGACUCAUAAUGCAAUGCAAACUCAUUUGGAGUCUUCUGUUCGUGGAUUUCAACGAAGUCACUUACUCCUAUUGUUACCUCCGAACAUCGAUUCUUUCUAUGUUUUGCUCCUUCAACUUCAAAUCUCUCUGGAUCAUCUUCAACAUCUUUCAUAGCCUCUGCCAUUAAUGCUCAAGCUUUAACUGUAGAAGAGUACACAUUAAUCCCCACUGCCACCUUAAAAUCCCUUGCCGACCACUACAAGACAUUUGAUCAAACACAUACAUUUGGAGUGGUGCACAGCAGAGUGACUACUAAAAUCCUCGGCUGAAACUCCAACGUAGUUCCAACCAUAGCUCUGUUGUGGAUGCAGUGAUCAGUACAGCACCCUUUGAUAAGAUAAUGAGCCCUGCUUCUCAGUCGAUCUUCUUCUUUUUCCUUGGAGGAAUAAUCAUGCUUAUAAUAGUGCUUUUUCUGGCAUUUGUCUUUUUGAGAAUUAUUAAACCAACAGACUUGAAGAAGUUCGUCAAGCGAGCCAAAGGACGCCCAGUGUCCACAGAUUUGUUUACCAGGAACCUCCGAACAAUUAGCAUAUUUGAUUUCCAAACAUUGAAGAAAGCAACCAAAAAUUUUCAUCCUGGAAAUCUCCUUGGAAGAGGUGGAUUUGGACCUGUGUUUCGGGGAAAGUUGGGUGAUGGGAGAUUGAUUGCUGUUAAGAAGUUAUCUCUUAACAAUACCCAACAAGGAGAAUCAGAAUUCCUUUCUGAAGUGAGAAUGAUCACUAGCAUUCAGCACAAAAACUUAGUUCAUUUACUUGGAUGUUGCUCAGAUGGGCCUCAAAGGUUACUUGUGUACGAAUACAUGAAAAACAGGAGCUUGGACCUUAUAAUAUAUGGAAAAAGUGAUCUGUUUCUGAACUGGAGCAUAAGGUAUCAAAUAAUUGUUGGGGUUGCUAAAGGGUUGCAGUACUUACAUGAGGACUCUCCUUUAAGAAUUAUCCACAGAGACAUUAAAGCGAGCAACAUUCUUCUUGAUGAAAAAUUUCAACCAAGGAUUGGAGAUUUUGGGCUGGCUAGGUUCUUUCCUGACGAUGAAGCUUAUCUUAGCACGACAUAUGCUGGAACUUUGGGUUAUUCAGCUCCUGAAUAUGCUAUUAGAGGAGAGUUGUCUGAGAAGGCAGAUAUCUAUAGUUUUGGAGUUCUUGUGCUUGAAAUUAUCAGCUGCAGGAAAAACACUGAUCAGAAUUUGCCAUCUGUAAUGCAAUACCUCCCUGAAUAUGCAUGGAGGCUGUAUGAGACAUCGAAAGUGCUUGAACUUGUAGAUCCAAGAAUGAGAGAAGAUGGAUUUUUAGAGAAGGAUGUUUUGCAAGCAAUAAAUGUAGCUUUCUUAUGUCUCCAGCCUGAUCCAGAACAUAGACCUCCCAUGUCACACAUUGUGACAAUGUUGACAGGCAAUGUUAAUAUGGUUGGGGCACCUAUGAAACCCGCUUCCUUGGACCGAAAACGAAGGAAGGAUGAUAGCCCUUCUUGUGAAACUCUUUCUGAGCCUUUUCCUUCUUCCCUUCAGACUGAUUCAUGCUCACCAAACCCACCAAAGUAAGUCAAGAUUUUUAUCUUUAUAAAAAUGAAAAAAAUGAUUUAUGUGAUGUCUUUUACUCAAUAUUUUUCAGUACAGACUACAGAGUUGUUUUUUGUUUUUUUACUUGUAAAACAUGAAAAGAAGAACUGUUUAGAAGAGAUGUUAUAGUUGCCAAAUUACUUGGUAGUUGCAGCACAAGGUCGUAGUCUUAGAGUUCAAAGCAAAGUUUAAAGUACAUUUUUGGAUUAUCUGUAAAAAGAAAUUAUUGAAAUAUAGAAUUAUUGUAGUAUCAUUACA